AUGACCGAGUGCGACUGGGAUAAGAAAAGUACUUCAGCUUCAAAUUCAGACACAGAAAUGAAACCUGAACUGCCUCCUUGUGUGAAUCCUGGCAAUCCGGUGUUUUCAUGUAUGCUGGAUCCAAAGACACUCCAUACGACUACCUCACUGUCAAAACCCAAGAUGAUUAUGUAUAAAACCAAUUCAAGUAAUUACGGUGAAUUUUUACCUAUGCCACAGUUUUUCCCCUGCUAUUAUAAUCCAAGGGAGCAAGUAUUUUCUAGUCAUAUCAGAGCAACUGGAUUUUAUCAAAAUAACACUCUAAACGCUGCACCUGACAGAACAAGAACCCUUGAUUUUCCUAAUUUUCAACACACUCUAUAA